CUUCUACGGCCGCCCCAAAUCAUCCCGCCUCCCCCCUUCAAACUUCAAACCCCCAAGGCUCGGAGGUCGCCGCCUCCGCCGCAGCCGCCCCAUCCGGAUCCAGCCGGCGCGGGGGAGUCUCCUCCGCGUAGAUCUGGACGGGCGCCGCUAGGGUUGGUUCCCCGCCGCCGCAUUCCCCCCCUCCUAAACCCUAGAGCCCGCCCGCCCCUUCCGAGCCAAGAAGCCGGCGGCCCCCUGCUCCCCGUCCCGCUCUCGGCGAACGGCUCCAGCGACGGCGGCCAGCCUCCUCCAGGGCCGCCUGCCGGCGCAUCCCCCCUCGCCGCCAGAUCGACGGCGGUACAGUCUUUUCUUGGUCGUUCCUCUCGGGCCUCGGCAGAUCGACGCCGGCGGCGACUCCUCUCGCCCUGCCCUCCCGAGCCCGGCUUAAAUGGCUGCAAGAAAGGAUAAUGCAGUCCUUAUUGCUUGCCAAGCUCCCAACGGCCGUGUAACACGAGCUCAAGCUGCUAAUCGUGGAAGGUUUGGAGUGCCUCACCCAGCACCGGUACCUGUCAGAACUGAACGAAAACCGGCGACUAAAGGAAAGGCGAAACGGGGAGCUUCAGAUGAGAACACUUGUGCAAGUGCUCUAACUUCAGCUCCACCUCCUAAAAGGCGAGCAGCACUCAAGGAUGUGACAAACAUAAGCUGUGCAAACUCGUUCAGAAACUGCACUGCUGUGACUAAGCUACAGUCAAGGCCCACACAAAAGGUAGGGCGAAAUCCAAGCAAAAACAAGCAGUGCACAAAGAAGGCCCCUAAGCCACCUCUUCCUGCUGUUAGUGGAACUUCAUUUGUUGUGAAUGAUUCUCAUAAUGUGGAAGAAUCUCAGAAGGCAGAGCUUUUGCCACCAAAGGAGGAGCCCACUGCUCUGCUCGAAAACAAGGGAUCGUUGUCAUUAUGGAAUAUUGCACGGAACAGGGAGAGUGGUGUUCAUGAGCCAUUCUUUCAGGGAAGAAACACAAGAGAUAAAUCUGAAACUGCUGACUCAAACACUGGGUACUAUGUUGGCUUAAACGUUAUAGACAUUGACAAAGAUAAUGGCAAUCCACAAAUGUGUGCUUCCUAUGCUGCAGAGAUAUACAGAAACCUAAUGGCUGCAGAGCUUAUAAGGAGACCUAAAUCAAAUUACAUGGAGACUUUGCAAAGGGAUAUCACAAAGGGCAUGCGAGGAAUCCUGAUUGAUUGGCUUGUUGAGGUUUCUGAGGAAUAUAAACUUGUGCCAGACACACUGUACCUCACUGUAUAUCUUAUUGAUCAAUUUCUUUCUCGGAAAUAUAUUGAAAGACAGAAACUACAACUUCUUGGAAUAACUAGCAUGCUGAUUGCCUCAAAAUAUGAAGAGAUCUGUGCGCCUCGUGUUGAAGAAUUUUGUUUCAUAACUGAUAACACAUAUACAAAAAAUCAGGUGCUGAAAAUGGAGUGCGAAGUGCUUAAUGAUCUGGGGUUUCAUCUUUCUGUUCCCACAAUCAAAACGUUUCUGAGGAGAUUCCUUAGAGCCGCACAUGCUUCUCAAAAAGCUCCUUGUGCAACUUUGGGCUAUCUGGGCAAUUAUCUCGCGGAGUUGACUUUGACCGAUUACAGUUUCCUGAAAUUUCACCCUUCAGUGGUGGCAGCCUCGGCAGUGUUCCUUGCAAGAUGGACACUCGACCAAUCAGACCUGCCAUGGAACUGUACUCUCGAGCAUUACACCUCAUACAAAAGUUCUGAUAUUCAAGGAUGCGUACGCGAUCUAUGGGAGCUGCAGCAGGGCAACACCAGCGGAAGUCCCCCCCUCAAUGCCAUACGCGAGAAGUACCGGCAGGAAAAGUUUGAAUGUGUAGCCAAUAUGCUGUCGCCGGCGAUGCCUGUGUCGCUCUUCCAUAGACAAUCUAACGGCACCAGCCCCCUGCUGAUCAACAACUCCUAGCAGCGCAGCGUCAGCCCCCUGCUGAUCAACAACCUGAUAUUUUUCGAAGAUCUUGUAGCAUCCCCUUCCCAUCAUCCUCUCCCCCUCCGAUCUGGUUGUGUUGUUAUUUCCCCCCGACCUUUUUCGAGUCGUGCAGUCGUAGGCGAUGGCUCACAUAAAUGUUGAUUGAGUUCCUGUGUAGGCUGCUGAUGGAUGCCUAGGGCUGGUAAUUGUAUGAUGAUGAUGAUCCUGUCUGUCUGUGUCUGUAUGAUAACUGAGUGAGUUCCGCUUGAUUUAGCGUAGGUUUGCGGGCGUUUCCCAGAGUUUAGUGAGUGCAAUUGCAGUGCAGUGCUCGCUCUUGAGAUUAGGAGAGCAACUGUAGUGAGUCCAGGAUGGUUGAUGUGAUGUGAUGUAACCUGUUGUUACAAGAACAUUCGUUAUUGCUUGGUUUGUAAAUGAACAUAAAUGUAGCCUGACUGUCUACAUCAUGCUGAACACAAGGGUUUGUUUGUU